GUCCCAGACAGCAGUCGCUUACUCAACCACGGCAUACAUGAAGGCUCCAUCUGAACGCGGCCCCGUUCCCAUCAGUGGUUACCUGUACAAGAUGAAAGCCAAGGAGCGUGUACUCACGCCGCAGUGGAACAAGCGCUUCUUCGCUCUCGAGGGCACGAAGCUCAAAUACUACCAGAACGAGAACUCGCAGGAGGCAUCCAAGGUCAUCGAUCUAUUGGGCGUCGAGUCCAUCCGGCGCUUCGAGAACGGCGACCACGGCGUCUUCAGCUUCGUGGUCAAGACCCCCGAGCGCAGCUACUUCCUGCGGGCCGAGAGCAAGGGCGACAUGAAGCGCUGGGUUCGCGGUCUUAAGGAUCAGCAAGAUCUGUGGCGUGCCAAGCUUGAAAAAGGUAGCGCGCUGCCCGACCCGGCUGUGCGUAGACCCAAACACUAUAGCGACUUCCCUCUCGUGCCUCAAGGCAGUUCCAGCAGCCUCCGCGCUUGAUAAAAUACUUCAGUAGCGCACCAAAUUAAAUGUUUCCAACCACGCCUCCACGUUAAAAAUUUG